UGCAGAUUUAAGAAUACCACAAGCGAUUAUGUCAAAUUUAGAUGAUAAAAGUCAGACGAUAUUUUGCGAGUCAGACUCAAAUUUUAUUUUCUUUUUUUCAAAUCAUAAUGUUAAAAUAUUUUUCUUGAUGCCACAAAUUCUUUGAGAAAAUUCCAGUAACCCCAUUGUCCGGUUCUUGAUGUUACAUUAUGAAAAUCAUUUUGAAAAGUCCUUCCCAGUCCAUUUUCAGCAUACCCCAUAGACUGCAGUAUUGUCGAACCUUGAGUCAUUUCCCAAAAACCAAAGAAGAACAAAAAAAUCAAAAAAGUUACAAAAAUAAUUAUUAUAAGGAAAAGUUCACAAGCAAAAGUGUAUUACUUGGUGCCGCCACAACCAGUCUUUUCGCAUACUACUAUCUUGUAAAAGAAAAACAACAAAGAUAUGUUUAUGCGGCAAAGGAAAAAGAAAAUGGAAAAAGUCCCUCCCUUAAUCCCUGUGCUAAACCAGGACUCUGGCGUUCAGAUUUGCCAAUAUAUACCAAAGGAGAAGUAGCAGAACAUCAUACAUUAAAAAAGGGUAUGUGGAUAUCAUACCAUGAAGGCGUCUACGAUAUCACUGAUUUCGUUCAUGAACAUCCUGGUCGUGAUGCAGUAACGUUGGCGGCUGGGGGACCUGCUGAACCUUUCUGGGCGAUGUACGGUUUCCACGAGGAAUCUCCAUUUAUUUUACAAAAACUUGAAACAAUGAGAAUAGGUAACCUUUGUAAGGCAGAUCAAUUGAAAGUGUCCGACUUUGAUGACCCAUACAUUGACGAACCAAAAAGAUCUGAAGAUAUUAUACCGGCGACCAAAAAGCCGUUCGCCGGGACUUUAAGAUUGGAUUAUUUACCUCUAAAUUUUAUCACGCCUGUCCAAUGGUGGUAUGUGAGAAAUCAUUUACCGGUACCGGAUUUAGAUGCCAAUAAUCACCAAGUCAUUUUGGAAGUCGGAGGUACACAAAGGAUUUUUACAAUGGACGAAAUUCAACAGAUGCCAAAAGCCUGUGUUAUGGUUACUUUAAUGUGUUCUGGGAACCGUGGGUAUGAGAUGCUAGAGACUACAGGCACGAAAACUAAAAUUUGGGGCCCAGGAGCGGUAAGUAACGCCAUAUGGACUGGUGUAAAAUUGUGCGACUUAUUAGAAGCAGUCGGCAUAACCGCUGAGAAUCAUGGGAACUAUAAACACGUUCAGUUUGUAGGAACGGAUUGCGAAAUAACUGGUGUCCCCUACAGCGUCUCGAUUCCGAUUUGGAAAGCCGUAGACAAAAAGGGUGAUGUUUUGCUUGCGUAUCAGAUGAACGGUGAACCCCUGACUCGAGAUCACGGAUAUCCGAUUAGAAUGGUCGUUCCGGGGCAUACAGGCGCAAGAAGUUGCAAAUGGCUUACGAAAAUAAUUUUGUCUGACAAAGAGGCUGACGGUAAUUCCCAGAUGUAUGACUUCAAAUCCUUUGGUCCAUCAGUCCGUUCGACUACUGCGGAUUAUGAAAAGGCACCUUCCAUACAAGCAGUCCCUGUUCAUUCUGUAAUAUGCAGACCUAAAGCUAGGGACAGCGUUCAAGUGGUUGAGGGACGUAUCGAUGUUAAAGGUUUUGCUUAUGCUGGUGGAGGAAACAAAAUCAUAAGAGUGGACAUAUCUACGGAUCAGGGCAAAACUUGGCAACCGGCACAACUGGAUUUUCAGGACAAUAAGAGCGACUAUCCUCACAAUUGGUCUUGGACACUUUGGUCUUGUAAAUUACCAAUUGACAAAAACCAACACGAUGUCGAGAUUUGGUGUAAAGCUAUUGAUACUAGCUCUAACACACAGCCAGAGGGUUUCGAAUAUAUUUACAAUUUCAAAGGAGUAACAGCUAAUGCUUAUCAUAAAAUCAAAUUUAAAUUAAUCCCAUGUAAUACUUAAUUUAAACACAAAAUGGAAUAAAAAAACAUCCUUUCAUACAUAAUAUUUUAUUUGUGAACAGAAUUCCAUAAAUGUUCCAGUUGGUACUGUACAAAAUAAACCUAAGUAUGAUACAAAAUGAAUACAAAGAGCAAAAUAUACAUUUUUUUUAUAUACCUUAAAUAAGUAGUACGUUUAAAGCCUAUAAGUAUUUGCACAAACAAAGCAAGUGAUUUCUCAAGUCCAGACAGAAAUACUGUAACAUUUAGUCUUUUAAAUUAAGCGUGAUUUUCUUCGGAGAUUAUCGCGUAUCAUGUGGGGCUGGCGUUGCUUCUAGUCAUGCGCUGUUGUUGUUCCUUUUUAUAAUCUUGUGCGGUGUUUUCUAGUUGUUCUUUUAGUUUCAAAAGUUCACGAAUUCGUUGGUAGACAGG